UGCGGAAAUCUCUGUUGAUGUUGAGGAAACUGAUAACGACAGCUGCUCGUCUUAUGUGUGGUGGUCGCAGAGGUUACUCGGGCUGGGACGGGUAACUCGGGUACUCGCGUCGGGUGGGUACUGAGAAGAACUCAGAUACCCACAGAACUACCCUUACCCGUGAAUGACGCAACUAGAAGAAGUCAGUGAGAAGCUGGACAAGAACCUUCUGGACUUUUUUGACGUCCUGGGCCAAGUGUACCAGGAACAGGCUAAGCUGGAGCAGUAUAUGAGAGAUGGCUUCCUCAACUUGUCCAGGGCCCGAUAUUCAAUGGGGGUCAAGUCUGUCAGCGCCACCCAGCUGCCCGACGAGAUGGACCCACUCCUCACCAUUCUUGUCAAUGGUGAAAAGAAAGACACUAAAUUUGAAUUUCUGAAAACGAGUAUCAAGACUUCGAAAGAUUCUGUAAAGGAUGAAACAUUACGCAAGAGAAAUGUUCCAAAUAAACUCUCUGAUGGAGACACGCCUGAAGUUGAAACUAUUGGUUCUGCGGGUGAUUCUUCUGCUGCCGCCAAAGACGAGUCUUCGGAGAAGAAGCCUGGUCAUGUUGAUCCAUUAAAAUGGUUUGGCGUGCUUGUUCCACAAGCUCUGAGGAGAAGUCAGUCGAGUUUCCAAGAGGCUUCAGGUUUAGCUGUGACAGUUGCGAACUUGAAGCUAAAACUUGGUAAUCUCAGAGAAGAUUAUAAGACAUUAUUAGCUGAGAAACAAAAAUUGCUCUCUGUUGAAAAUUAGAUCUGAACUUAAAAGUAUGCUAUUGUUAAAUACAGUAAACUAGGGUUAUUAUAAACUCAAAGGGCUCUUAUUUUAGUCGUUCGUUAUACGCAUUUCGACUUUCAGACAUCUUUUAUCAAGUCAUGUGACAUCAUGUUACUCGAUAAAUAACAAAAGUGUGCACUGUACAUGUACAGAAUAUAUCCACUUCGAUCACUGUGUUACUAUUGUUAAUUGAGGGUGUAAUUUGAGGACAAUGUAUCAGUAGUCCCACCUCCCCCACCACCAUCACCACCAAUACGACCAAUAAUAGGCUUAAAAAAACAAAAGAAUUGGUUCUCAGGCAAAGACUUUUGAAAAUAUAGUGCGGGCGGGUGGGCGUUUUUUUGUUGUUG